GUGGGCAACAGAAAAGCAUGAGAUAUCAGGAUAUGUGCGUGGUAGUGUUUAGAAAGUGUGUUUGUAGGUGAGCAUGUGUAAACGAGUAGAAGCGAUUGAGUGUGUAUUCAAGAGAGUAUGGACGUGUUGGUGUGCACAGUUCUCAGUUUGGGAUGUUGGAACUGGGAGGCCACUCAAAGGAUGCUCAGACAAAGCUUUUUUUUUCUUUCCUGUUUGAAUGCUGAAUGGGGACUGGCUGGAUUCCUUUACUCAUGCUGUUUGUCCCUGAAUUAGGGAAGCUACAGGAGAUUCCACAUGCAUGGCCGAAGGCACUUAGCUGAUUUAUUACGUCAGUGCCCUUUGGGCUGAAAGAUUAUGGGUAACCUCAUAACCCGGCCCAGCUGCCUGGGUCAGAAGUCCAAGCAUGUGCGGUCGGAUGAGGUCUUCCUGAAGGAGUGCUACCAACGGCGAAAAGAGUCUCAGUCUCCUCAACAUGGGCACGAUAAGAACAAGGACAGUAUGGUACAGACAGAGGAGGCACAAGAACCUCAUCACAAGGGAGAAGAAAGAGCUCAUACACCAGUUUCUGACAAACCUCUGCACAGCUCCCCUGCUUCCACAAUCAGGAGUACUAGUACUUUGGAUAAUGCUUGGCACAGUACCCCCUCUCCUAUAAAAACAUCACGCAAUGGGACACUAACAAGAAGAACCAUGCCCCCAGAGUUUUCAAGAUCUCCCUUGUCUUACCCUGACAAGACUGCUGCAGAGAGAAGGGCCAGCUUUCAAAGGAGGGACUCCAGAGAAGGGAGUCCCUGGUCCUGGAAGACUGUGGCGUCACGGGAAGUGACAGAAGUGACAGAGGUGACAGAAACAAUCGUGACUGAGAUCGUGGAAGUCACAGAAUAUCCAACAGGAGAUAAGGGGGGUGACCCCAUAAUCACAAGAACUGUUCGAGUACUAAAUGGAGUGGCCCAGGAACUUGCUGAGGUUGAGACAAAACUCCAAAGUGAUGGACACUCAAGCUCAGACCAAGAUUCCUGCGUGGCUAAAUGGAGGGAAACCAAGUCUACAUUGUCUCUGCAAGACAUUUCUACCAAUUCUGAGAUGUUCCUUCAAAGUCUGGAAGCCUUGCUGACGUGGGUGUGUGAAAUAGAAGAGCUCACAGCGAAUCAGAAACCUCCAUCUUCAGAGGUCAAAGUGGUGAAAGCGCAGCUUCAAGAACAAAGGCUCCUUCAGCGACUCCUAACAGACCGACAGAAAAGUAUCGAUACUAUGAUGUUAGAGGGUCCUCGGCUAGUGGAGGCCUACCCAGGAGAGGAGGGAGAGCAGGCUAGAGUCAAGCUCUCUGCCCUCAAACAGAAGUGGGAGUCUAUACAGCGAGAGGCGGAGCAAAGGAGGUACAGUUUGGAUGCCAUUUUACCUAGGGCUCAGAUCUUCCAGGAAGGCGUGGACAAUGUGCAGCAGUGGCUCAUAUCUGUUGAGCAGGCCCUUGCUGAACUGCGUAAUGCUGAAAGAGUGAUGCUGCAUCUUUCAGAGGCCACAGACGGGGCGAAGGCCAUCACGGAUGAGAUCCAGGUUAAAACUGCUGACCUUGCAAAAGUUCAGAAAACAGGUCAUGAUCUCAUGGAAGUGAUCUCAGAGGAGGAGGAACACCAGGUGCAGGACAAAUUAGAUGCACUUCGUAUCCGAUGCUCCGUGCUAAAUCUGAGUAGUCUGGAUGUGCUCCAAAGGCUUGAGCAGGCUCUGGAGGCCUCCAGUCGCUGUACAUCCAGCCAGGAGGACCUCCACCUGUGGCUGGGUCGCAUUGAGAGAGAACUCUUGGGUGCAGCAGGUGCACAGACACAUGCCGGAGAUGCAGUCCUAUGUGCAGCAGAAAGACAGAGGCUGGAACAGGCAGUGGUGAAAGAGAUGGCUUGGUUUAAAGAUGCAGCACAAAGGCUUGAAAAGUUGAAAAUUGUUCAUUUGGAUCCAGAGCUCAUAUCCGAACAACUCAAGGAGCAGAAGAUUUUGUCAGUUGAGAUUCUACAACACAGAUUCAACAUUGAGAAGAUGGUAAAAAUAGCUGAAAUCUUGCAAACAUAUGGUGAGGAAAGUGAAACUAGGAAUCUGCAGACCCCAUUAGAUGCCUUAAAGGAACAAUGUGCCACCACGUCAGCUACUAAUUCCCAUGGAGUUCUGCAGCUAGAGCAUGCUCACUCACUUCUUGUUCAGUUCUCAGAGGGCAUUGCUGAGGUUUCACCUUGGCUAAAAGACACACAAAUCUUUGUUCAGCAGCUCUCUCUCAGCACAAUUAGUUACGAAGGAUUUCGUGAACAGCAAGACCUUUUACAGGGUCUGAGAGAGUCAGUUGCCGAACAUCGGCCAUUGAUCUCACGCUUAUGCUCCUUUGCAAAACGCCUGUCGGAGCUAAACCCAGUUCAGGGAGAGGUAUUUUUUCGUAUAGCUACUGAGGCUGAGGAACAGCACCGAGCCAUCAGAGACUGUGUCAGGGAGACUGCCAUUCUACUUGAAGAGUCCUUACCCAGAUUCACUCAACUGAAUGAGAGGAUGGCUCUUCUCAGACAAAGUCUUGACCGCCUGCGCAGUCGCAUCCAGACUCCAACAUCCCUUCAAUGCCUGACACUGACGAUUCAAGAGCAGUUGCAUGACAAUAAGCACACACUGUCUGAACUGUACAAGUUGGAGCUGAGUGUUGCAAGUGUUAAGACACAGGCGGAAGACUUGCUGACUAACACACAGCUGGCAGCAGAUCCCUCCAUUGGCACAGCAAUCCAGGAGCAAGUCUCCACUCUUUCCCAGCUGUUGGCCAAGACACAUGGUGAGGUUCAAGAAAGGGAAAGCUGGUUGCUCAAACUACUGGAUCUGUCCAUAAAAUUUUGGAGCGAUGUUGCGGAUUUCACAGCAGCUCUCAAUAAUGCUCAGCUGGCAGUUUUGGAUCUUAAUGCAAGUCAGAUGGACUUUGAAACAAUCCGCCAGAGCUUGGAGACCAUGGAGACUCUCAGGGAGGAUAUUGACACUUUACAAGGAGAUCUAGACACGCUUGGUGUUCUCGGAAUGGAUUUCAUGUCAGCAUGUGGGGACACAGACAAACCAAAUGUCACAAAGAGCCUGGAUGAACUUUAUUGCCUAUGGAACAAUUUGAGUAAAUUGUGGAAUGAAUGCCAGACAAAGCUGGAGGAGUCCUUGCAAAUGGCCUUAAAUUAUCAAGACACUAUGCAGGGACUUUUUGAAUGGUUGAAAUCUGCAGAGCUGAGGUCAACUGAAGAGUUCAUGGUUGGAGCUGAUCUGGAAUCAGUAAAAGAGCAGCUACAUGAACUCAAGGAAUUUAAGCAAGAACUUUAUCAGAAGAAGAUUGAAAUAGAAAGCCAAAACCAUCGCUUUGUGUGUCGGUUGUCUCCAGGCACAGAGCGUCCAUCCUCAGUCUCACCGCUGUGCGACUUCCGACUACGUUGGGACAGUCUAGAGUCAGAGACUGUCAGCAGACAGCAUCAACUGGAGUGCGCUCUACUGGGUCUGGGCCAGUUCCAAAACACACUGGAUGAGUUGCACAUAUGGCUUGCCCAUACUGCUGAACAAUUGCAGGGUGGAAAAAUAAUCAGCAUCGACCUGCAGGCUUGUGAAAUAGAGCUGGCCAAACACAAGGUCUUGCGUAAUGAUAUUAUGUCUCAUGUUUGCACAAUGAAGUCCCUGAACCAGGCAGGCAAGGAGUUGCUGGAGGCUGGAUCUGGGGACUCUGCACAUGGGCUUCAGUCUCGAUUAGUUCAACUCAACGAAAGCUGGGAAUUUGUUCAUUGUGAAACUGAACAUUAUCAGCUGGAGUUAGAGAACAGAGUCAGUCAGGUGCAAGAUAUUACAAUGGAGAUUCAGGACCUUCUCCAGUGGCUGGACAACACAGACAUGAGAUUGCCAUCUUCCAAAUCCAUGUGGGGAAUGCCAGAAUCAACCAGUGAGAGGCUUAAUGCUCAUUUGGAGUUGUGCAAUGAGAUGGAGUCAAAACUUCACACCUACACAGAUGUGAAAAAUUCCAUCCAAAGAAUGCUGGAAUGCAAUAAUGUUAUGCGGGGAUCAAGUACAGAACACACCCUGUCAAUCUUAGAACAAAAGUGGUCUUCUGUCUACAACAAAGUUCAAGAGCGCAAGGCAAAGCUAACAAAAGGCUUGAGUCUUGCUAAGGAAUUCUACAGUGAUAUCCAGGACCUUCUCACCAAGAUGACCAAGUGUGAAGAGUCUAUUGGACUCCUCCCAGCUCCCAGCUUUGUUCUGGACACAGUUUAUAACCAACUGGAAGAUCAUAGGACCUUAGUAGAUGAAAUCAAUGGUUACGGGGAGAAGAAAACCACAGUGGAGAGUGCUGCCAGGAGACUUGCAGAGCUUAGCAGGAAAGAGGAUUGUGAUGUCAUUCAUAACCUCAUCAUGACUGUCCAGGAUCGCUACAAAAAGCUCCAUCAGUGUACUUCAGAGAGAGGCAGGAUGCUGGAUGAGGUCAAAAAGGAUGCCAAACAGUUUAAUGAAUCUUGUCGCCUUCUGAUGGACUGGAUGUAUGAGGUAGAAGAAACCUUAGAUAACCAUAAAGAGAUUGCUCCGUCACAUGAGGAGAUUAAACAGCAACUAACUGAGCAGAAGGCAUUCCAGAAAGUGUUGAGAUCCAAGAGGCCCAUGUAUGAAGUGACACUAAAGAGUGGCCGCAAACUUCAUGAGAGAGCACAAAGCAGCCAUGACAAGCAGCACCUGGAGAACCUCCUGGCUGAAUUGAAAGACACGUGGGACACCAUCAGUGGAAAGUCUACCGAGAGACAACACAAACUAGAGGAAGCUUUACUUUUCUCAGGAAGGUUCACAGAUGCUCUUCAAGCACUGAAUGACUGGCUAUAUAGAGCUGAGCCCCACUUAGCUGAAGAUGUCCCUGUUAGUGGAGACAAGGACUUGGUCAACAAUCUGAUAGACAAACACAAGGCAUUCCAAAAGGAGCUAGGGAAGCGAGCAGGCUGUAUCAAGACUCUGAAACGCUCAGUAAAGGACUUGACCAGAAGCAGCACUGUUGAUUCAUACUGGCUGCAGCAGCAAAUGGAUGAAUUGGAGGGCCGCUGGGAGGUGGUGUGUAAGCUUUCAGUUGCCAAACAGGACAGGCUUGAGGCUGCACUUCAGCAGGCUGAGAAAUUCGAUGGCCUUGUUCACUCUUUCAUGGAGCGACUCACCGAGGUAGAAAGGCUUUUUAAAUUCGGAGUCGUACCAGAUGAAGAGGAAGGUUUGCUUGCUUUUCACAAACAGAAUGAGGAGACAAUGGCUGCCUUAAAAGCGCAGACAGCUGAGCUACAGAAUAUCCAGUCUCUGGGUGAAGAGAUCCUCUCCUUUUGUCACCCAGACUCAACAGUAACCCUCAAGUCCUGGAUUAGUGUCACCAGGACUCGCUACGAGGAGGUUCUGACGUGGGCCCAGCAACAGAGCUUAAGGAUCCAGACCAAUUUAGAACUUCUGGAGGAAGAGAGAGCACAGGUCCAAAGGCUGUUGGAGUGGAUCUCUUCAGCACAAGAAGCUCUCAGUAUCAGAGAUGAAGAGCUUGUGGCUGAAAACACAGCGCAGAACCAACAACUUAUUGAGCAGCACUCUGUAUUCAUGGAGGAGCUGAAUAAGAAGCUCCCCGAAGUUGAACAUGCUACAAAGUCCUGCAAACACAAGAUUGUUUCUAAACAGCUCGUUUCCCCCACCAAACGACCAAUCAUAAAGAGGAGGAGCACUCUGAAGAUGCAGCCUCCAGCAGCACUCCCCCUGGAGCACCUCGACCCCGAGACCCCACUGCUCAUCCAGCUGGUCAGUCAGUGGCAGAAACUUUGGCUCCUGGCAUUAGCGAGACAAAAACAUCUUGAACAACACCGGCAAAAACUCAAAGAGAUAGAAGAAUUUGCCAACUUUGACUUUAAUAUUUGGCGAAAACGCUACAUUCAGUGGAUCAGCCAUUUGAAAUCUCGUAUCCUAGACAUAUUCCGCAACAUUGACCGGGAUCAGGAUGGACGCAUCAGCCAGAAAGAGUUCAUCGACUUCGUCUUGGCUUCUAAAUUUCCCACCAACUCGCUGGAGAUGAACGCAGUGGCAGCCAUCUUUGACAUGAACAGUGAUGGCUUCAUUGAUUACUAUGAGUUUGUGAGCGCACUGCACCCCAGCAGAGAUCCCUAUCGGAAAAUUCUGGAUGGGGAUCAAAUCAAUGAAGAGGUAAGCCGUCAGGUGUCACAAUGUAAUUGUCCCAAGAGGUUUCAAGUGGAGCAGAUCAGUGCCAACAGAUACAAGCAGUUUGGAGAGUCCCAACAGUUGCGGAUGGUUCGUAUGUUGCGGAGCACGUUGAUGGUUAGAGUGGGAGGAGGCUGGACUGCUCUCGAUGAGUUCCUGGUGAAGAAUGACCCCUGCAGAGUAAAAGGUCGGACCAAUCUGAAGAUCAAGGAGAAGUACUUGUCUCCAACAGGGAGCGUCUCGAAAGGUUUGACUGUUAGCAGAUCCAACUCGAGUCUGAGUCUCUACAGCAGUGCCUCCGCCCCUACGAGUCCCAUGACACGCAAGGCUUUACUCCGCCGAAGUUUUUCAGGCGACCGUUCCAUUCGUCCUCGAAGUUCCAUUGCCGCAUUGGGGUCUGAACUCCAAUUUGUCACAACAGAAGGGCUCAACUCUCAAUCACCCUCAGGUCAGGCGAUUACUACAGUUACAUGAAGUAUUACAAAGAAGCUGAGAGGCUGCUCCCCACAUGAUUUUCUCUGCCUUCAAGCUCCAUGUGUGUGCUAAAACCUGAACAGCCUUAUGGCCUUGAGUGACAGACACAGCCAUAAGUCGGUGUGUAGUCAUCGACCGGUUAUUGAAGCAAACACAAAAAGCAAACUGUGAAGAGAAAGUACAACCUGGGUCAGCAUGCAGGAAGAUCUGCUGCCUGGGAUGUCUGAGAAAAAGAAAGACACUCAAACUGUCUGGUCAAGUGUGAAAAAUCACAUUUGUACCAUAUUUCCCCAGAUCCAGUUCCUACACGAGAAUAUAAUUGCAAAUGGAAUAGUUUUGUCGAGGUCAUGCAUGGAAACUGAAUGCAUGGUAGCUUCAUGAGCAGUCUUUUUCUUUUCCCCCUAAGCAUUUUUUUCAGAUUUUUACAUCAUUUAAACCAGAAAGUGUCAACUGCUACGUAGUAAUUACCUAUUUAACUUAAUAGCAAACAUCAGUGCCCAGUCAUGCACGUUUGUGUUAUAUGGGACUGACAUGAACAAAAAAAGUGUGCUCCCUUUGUGUUGCCCACUGAGUAGCCAAAAAAACACAAAUACCAAAUCCACUAUGAAUAUGCGAGGCUACACUUUGUUGGUCCUCUCUUGUAUGAUGUCAAUUGUCGUUUGCUGCAAAAAUGAUAUUGUUGGCAGGGCCACACCUUUGCGUCUUUUUCAAUUUCUGAUGCUGUGCUUUUAAGUGAUUGCAUAUUGUUUUAAUGCUCUGCAUUUUUACGGGAGUUGAAUUAUUGAAAAUGGUGUACCCAAUAUUUAAAACGAUGCAAUGCCAUUUUGACAAGCUAAUUAUUUUGUUAGGAUUGGUUUUGAUGUAAUUUUAUCAAACAUUGCUGGGAAAGAGUAGAUGUGAUAUUUCCUUUUAACUGCAGUAGGUUUUUUUUUCUUUUACUUUCAUUUUGUUCACUUAUUAAGCACUUUCUAUGCAUGACUACUUUGCAGUUCGAUUUAUAAGCAAGAAAUGUAGUACUUAGGAGAUACAUGCUAAAAUCUGAAAUCAUUUUUUGUAGAUAUUCACGAAGUAAUCUCUCUCCUCCAACAAUACAUACUUUACAAUUUAGAGUAUUAAUCUCUGCCUGUCUUGCUAGCAAGUUGUACCAAAAGUACGUCUAUAUGCUUGGUUUUCUUCCUUUAAUGUGGAAUGUCUCUAGUCAGUAGCCCAUGUGAAAACAACAUUAAAACAUGUAAUUUCCCUUGUCAGUCUGUCAGUCCACUGCAACUAAUCAAACUGUUCAGUGUUAACAUUGUAGAGCUCGUACAUGUGACGUCACAAUUUCCCCCGCGCCAUACUGCCAGUCAAACAGAGCUGCUCGACAUUGUGGGAGACAUUGAACCGGAGGAGAAUAUUUACAAUACCCGAGACCUGUUGUGCUGUUUGGUUGCCAGAACAGACGUGACAGAUAUUCAAAGAGAUCAUUCUAUGGAAUACCAGCUAAAAAGACCAGAAAAGAUUGAUGGAUUUCGGCAAUUAAAUGUGAUGGAUGGUGCCCAACCAAAAUACACACACGCCUGUGGAGCAAUCGCUUCAUUUCAGGUAGGAAUUAUUCUUCUCAAUCUCAAAUUACCAAAAAGUAUUUAUAAUGCCAAAUUGGCUCAUUUGAGAACAAUGUGUGUUAAAUAAAAAACUGUGUCGCAGAGGUUUACAGAGGUUAAAUGUGGCCGCAGUUGCUUUCUUGUACGUUUCAUGGAAACAACUCUGUCCUCUGUUUUUUUUUUUUUUUUUUCAAUCAUAGUUAAUGAAUGAGAGUAUGUGUAAAACCAGGGGUCACUUAUUUAAAUAUUGGCAUUUGUAUUGAAUACUGGCGGAAAAGAUCGAUGGAUUCCGGCAAAGGUUAACGUGUCGCCGAACACACUUCCGCGUUCACGAGCCGCCAACCAUUGUCUUUUUUCAAUCAUAGUUAAUGAGUGAGAGUUUGUGUAAAACCAGAGGUCAAUUUAUUUAAAUAUUGGUAUUUGUAUUGAAUACAAGCUGAAAAGAUCAAUGGAUUCCGCCAAACGUUAACGUGUCGGCGAACACACUUCUGUAUUCACAAGCCGUCAAAACUGUCACUAUGUGAGAUUUAUUUCUGAUGAGAACAGAUCCAGCAACAAAUUAUUCGUAUGCGUCCUGUCUUUUAUACACUUUCAAACUUUUCCGUGUAAAUCUCGACGACUUACUCACCAGAUCCAUGUGUAUAUCCAAUUGUCCAAGACAAGCGGAAGUGAAUUAAUAGUCAAAUUUCUUAUCGACGAAAACAUCAACUUCGGCAUUAAAUACGGGUCCUCUAUACCGAGUUUAUCUAAUUUUUCCAUGUACCGUCGUUUCCUUUCACCUUCUAAAUGUUUGACGGUAUCGGACAAGACUCUGGGCGUUGUGUUACAAGACAUAUUUCCUUGUCGUCUCCAAUCGACUUAGCAUUGAGCAAUGCUUAGCUUGACAGGUAAUAUGGCGAGGCAAACAAAAGUCACCUGAUUUUAUGACAUAGGUGCACGAGCUUUAUACCUCUUUGUUACCUUUGUUAAUACUCAGCAUAAAUGCACCAUUUUUUAUUCUUGUUUUUUUUACAGAAACUGGGUCCAAUCAGUAGACAAGUUGUAUUUGGUCUCUGCGUUUGUGAAUUGAUUUAUUAAAUAUGUUUACAGUGUAGAAUACUCCUUUAUAUAUCUGCAUAUCCUUUUGGUCUCAAUUUGUUUCUAUCGGGAUGUGGGUGUUUUUGCUGUAAAAAUGACAACAUUUCAACUAACUUACUAUGCACCCUUAAAUUUAUCUACUGUUCAUGAUUCUGUACCCCAGUUAAAUUUUUGGCGACCUAUUGAUUCAGGUCACUAAUCAUUUUGUCUAUGUGUAUCAAUA